AUGAAGUGUGUUGCAUUGCUGGCUAUUGCCAUGUUUGGCUGCGCUCUCGCCCAGAACGCGCCGAUCCCGAACGAUGGCCGCUACUACCCCGAGUACUACGAGACCAAGUGGGAUGAUGGUCGCUAUCGCCCGGACGGUCGUGGCCAGUACGAUGACGGUCAGUACCGCCCGCAGGGAGGCAGCGUAGGAGGAUCGGGUGGACGCGGAGGAGCCGGAGGUGCCGGUGGAUUCGGAGCCGGAGCUGGAGGUUUCGGAGGUGCCGGUGGCGCUGGAGGCUUCGGAGCCGGUGGUGCUGGAGGCUUCGGAGGUGCUGGCGGUGCUGGAGGUUUCGGAGGUGCCGGUGGUGCUGGAGGUGCUGGUGGAGUCCGUGGAGGAAGUGGUAACGCUGGUGGAGCUGGAUUCGGUGCUGGCGCCUCGAACGACGCUGGUGCUGGAUUCGGUGCUGGUGCUGCGAACGACGGAGGUGCUGGAUUUGGAGCUGGCGGUGCUGGUGGCGCGGCUGGAUUCGGUGCUGCCGGUGCUGGCGGUGCUGGCGGUGCUGGUAGCCGUGGAGGAGCUGGCGGUGCUGGUGGUCGUGGAGGUGCUGGCGGUGCUGGCGGUGCUGGCAACCGUGGAGGUUCCGGAUCGACCGCUUCUCGCUUCGGCGCUGGCAGUGGUGCACCUGGAUCCGAGCAGAUCAAGGAGCAGGUGAAGCAGUUCAACGACGACAGCUACUACUACAAGUUCUCCGCCGACAACAACAUCGAGGUGGCCGAGUCCGGCAAGAUCGAUGACCGCAACACCGAGAACGAGGUCCUGCGCGCCAAGGGCUACUACGAGUACGUCGGCACUGACGGCCAGACGUACCGCGUGGACUACACCGCCGACGAGAACGGCUUCCAGCCGACCGGUGCCCAUCUGCCGACGGCGCCCGGCGCCUUCGACAUCGCUCGCAACGCGAACGGACAGAAGUAA